ACGACAGUGGCGCUGUGCGGCAGGGCCCUGCUUUCCGGCGCUCGGCGGCGGCGGGGAGGGGGGCGGCCAACAAAGGGGCGGGCGGGCGGCGGCGCCAUGUGAGGGCCGGGGGCGGCUCAGCAGGUGGAAAGAAUGAAAGGAAGGGGGGAUGAAAGAAUGUUGAACCAUUUUGUGUGGCUGUAUGAUGGAAGGAAACAGGACGGAGAACCUAUGCAAUAAAUCUUUUGGAUGGCUUCAGCGACAAGAGAAUGAUGUUAAACCAUGGCUCUGGAAACUUUCUAAUUGCUUUUCUGCUGCCGAGAAGACUUUGCCUUGCAGUGAGAAAACGAAAGGUUACAUGGAGAACAAGAAAGCUGCUGUAGAAUUGAAGGAUGCUUCAUCUCAUAAUGCUGGCUCUAAGCUGUUUCCAGCAGUACCGCUUCCUGAUGUCCAUCCUCUUCAGCAACAGCAGAUACAGCUUUCACCUGGCCCGAAAGUAAGCUGCUGUGCUCAUGGCUCUGACUCUCCUUGUACUCCACAAAUGCAUUGUGGUGGUGGUGGUGGUAAUGUCAUUCACCCUGGCACGAUAUUAGACUCAAAAAGCACUGGGACGAUUACCUGUCAAGUAGGGUCAAGAUUUGCUUUCCAGCCUGCAUCUUCACUGAAGAACCCUCCAGCUAGAAGCAAUUUGGCAGGCAUUGCCAGCGAGUUCCCUGGCAUGUGCAUAGAAAACAAUGUAUCCUCCUGUCAACAUCUGCCCUGUUGUGGAAAACUCCAUUUCCAGUCCUGUCAUGGUAACAUGCACAAACUGCAUCAGUUCCCAGCCCUUCAGAGCUGCACAUCUUCGGGCUACUUUCCUUGUUCUGAAUUCACAAGUGGGGCUACAGGCCACUUGGACGAGCAUAUUGCACAGUCGGAGCUAACAUCACGUGUGUGCGCCAACCCUUUGCACCUAAACGUGGCACCUUCAGUUUGUUUAAAGGGCUCUCACUACUGCAGUGACUGCUUGAAUCAGCCAAACAGAAACAGCCUAGUUGAUGCUGCUAAAAUCUGGCCAAAUAUUCCUCCUCCAAGUACACAAACAGCACCUGUUUCUAUCCCAAUAUGUAAUGGCUGUGGAACCAAAGGAACAGGAACUGAGAGGAGUUUGCUACUGGCAAGCAGCCUUGGCACAUCACCACAGAAAUAUGGGUCUCCAGAAGUUGCAGUAGCAGGACAAGUUCUGGAAAACUUGCCCCCCAUUGGAGUCUUCUGGGACAUUGAAAACUGUUCAGUUCCCACUGGCCGUUCGGCUGUAGCGGUUGUACAGAGAAUUCGGGAAAAGUUUUUUAAAGGUCACAGAGAGGCAGAAUUCAUUUGUGUGUGUGACAUAAGCAAAGAAAAUAAAGAAGUUAUUCAGGAGCUGAACAACUGCCAGGUGACUGUUGCACACAUCAAUGCUACAGCAAAGAAUGCUGCUGAUGACAAACUCAGACAGAGUCUUAGGAGGUUUGCUGAUACACACACAGCACCUGCCACUGUGGUUCUUGUGUCAACGGAUGUAAAUUUUGCUUUGGAACUCAGUGACCUGAGACAUCGACAUGGUUUUCGGAUAAUUUUGGUACAUAAAAACCAAGCCUCAGAAGCACUCUUACAUCAUGCUCAUGAACUUAUUUGUUUUGAAGAAUUUAUUUCAGAUUUGCCCCCAAGGUUACCACUGAAAAUGCCGGCGUGCCAUACGUUGUUGUAUGUUUACAAUCUGCCAACAAACAGAGACAGUAAAAGUGUCAGUAAUAGACUCCGGCGCUUGUCAGACAACUGUGGAGGGAAGGUGCUGAGCAUUUCCGGAAGCAGUGCAAUUCUCCGUUUUUUAAAUCAAGACAGUGCUGAACGGGCCCGGAAGCGAAUGGAAAAUGAAGAUGUUUUUGGCAACAGGAUCAUAGUGUCUUUUACUCCCAAAAACAAAGAACUUAGUGAAACAAAAACCUCCAGCUUUGUUGGAACUGAAAAGGUGAAGUCUCCCAAAAAAGUUAACAAGAACACAAAGCUGUGUCUCUUCAACAAAGAUGCAAGUGAUCAGGCUUCUGGUACCAAAGGCGUUGCUGGGAGAGGGGUACAGAUUCAUGGAUCAAUUAUCAAACCCACAAAUGUUAAGAGUUUGCAGGAGUUAUGUCGGCUUGAAUCAAAGACUAUCAGUAGAAGUACUGAAAACCAGCAAGAACAUUUAAGAGAACAAAUUCCGUCUCAGAAUAACUCUAAUGCAGUGAUUCCUGUGUCUCUGGCAACCAAAAAAACUGGAAUGGGAGAAUCGUCUUGUAAAAGUAGUCAUAAAAAAGAGACUUCUGCUUCCAGGAGUAUUACUAAUUCCCCUGUAGAUAAAAAAGAUAAAGAUGAAACUGUAUUUCAGGUCAGCUAUCCCUCUGCUUUCAGUAAGUUGACAGCCUCAAGACAACUCAGUCCUUUGCUCAUGUCUCAGAGUUGCUGGUCAUCUCGGAGUAUGUCUCCAAACCUUUCAAAUAGAUCAUCUCCGCUCACAUUUAAUGUAUUAAAUCAUACCAGCGGUACAGAAUGCCCUGAUCCUUUUGCAAAUGGUGCAGACAUUCAGAUCAGCAAUAUAGAUUACAGAUUGUCCAGAAAAGAGCUGCAGCAAACUUUACAAGAAACUUUUUCAAGACAUGGCAAGGUAAAAAGUGUCGAGCUUAGUCCUCAUACAGACUACCAGUUGAAGGCUACAGUUCAGAUGGAAAAUCUGCAAGAAGCAAUCAGUGCUGUCAACAGUCUUCACAGAUACAAAAUUGGUAGUAAAAGGAUCCAGGUCUCACUAGCAACAGGAGCUACUAAUAAAUCACUCUCUCUCCUAAGCUCAGAAGCAAUCUCCAUUCUGCAGGAUGCACCUGCUUGUUGUCUGCCUGUAUUCAAGUUCACAGAAAUCUAUGAGAAGAAAUUUGGACACAAGUUAAUUGUAUCCGACUUGUACAAACUAACGGAUACUGUGGCAAUCCGUGACCAAGGAAGUGGGCGGCUGGUGUGUCUUUUGCCUAGCAGUCAAGCCCGUCAGAGUCCAUUGGGAUCUUCACAGUCACAUGAUGGUUCAUCAGCAAACUGUAGUCCUAUAAUAUUUGAAGAGUUGGAAUAUCAUGAGCCUGUUUGUAAGCAGCAUUGCCUGAAUAAAGACUUUAUUGAGCAUGAAUUUGAUCCAGAUUCUUACAGAAUUCCUUUUGUGGUUUUGUCUCUGAAGACAUUUGCUCCUCAAGUUCACAGUCUUCUACAGACCCAUGAGGGUACUGUGCCUUUACUAAGUUUUCCUGAUUGUUAUAUGUCAGAGUUCAAUGAUCUUCAAGUGGUGCCAGAAGGCCGGGGUGGUGUACCUUUAGAACAUCUGAUUACCUGUGUUCCUGGAGUUAAUAUUGCCACUGCCCAAAAUGGCAUUAAAGUUAUUAAAUGGAUACAUAACAAACCACCACCUCCUACCGCAGAUCCUUGGCUUCUGCGUUCUAAGAGCCCUGUAGGUAAUCCACAGCUUAUUCAGUUCAGUAGAGAAGUUAUAGAUCUACUUAAAAGCCAACCGUCCUGCAUCAUACCUGUCAGUAAAUUCAUCCCAACAUACCAUCAUCACUUCGCAAAACAAUGCCGUGUGUCUGACUACGGGUAUUCCAAGUUAAUGGAGCUGCUAGAAGCAGUACCUCAUGUACUGCAAAUUCUUGGCAUGGGUUCCAAACGCUUAUUAACUCUAACACACAGAGCUCAAGUGAAACGCUUUACUCAGGACUUACUGAAGCUUCUGAAAUCCCAGGCCAGCAAGCAAGUUAUUGUAAGGGAAUUCUUACAGGCUUAUCACUGGUGUUUCUCCAAGGAUUGGGAUGUUACUGAGUAUGGAGUUUGUGAACUGGCUGAUAUAAUAUCAGAAAUUCCUGAUACAACCAUCUGUUUGUCACAGCAAGAUAAUGAAAUGGUGAUUUGUAUUCCCAAAAGAGAACGCACACAAGAAGAAAUUGAAAGAACCAAACAAUUUUCUAAAGAGGUGGUAGACUUACUACGCCACCAACCCCACUUUCGAAUGCCCUUCAAUAAAUUCAUUCCAUCUUACCACCACCAUUUUGGUCGUCAGUGCAAACUUGCUUACUACGGUUUUACCAAACUACUUGAACUCUUUGAAGCAAUACCAGAUGUGUUACAAGUAUUGGAAUGUGGAGAAGAGAAAAUACUCACGCUCACAGAGGUGGAGCAAGUCAAAGCAGUUGCUGCCCAGUUUGUUAAACUGCUGCGGUCUCAGAAAGACAACUGCCUAAUGAUGACUGAUUUACUGACAGAGUACAGUAAAACAUUUGGAUAUACGCUGCGUCUUCAUGACUAUGAUGUUAGCUCAGUUCCAGCUUUAAUGCAAAAACUUUGUCAUGUUGUAAAGGUGGUUGACACAGAGGCUGGCAAGCAAAUUCAGCUGAUAAACAGAAAAUCUCUGCGGACUCUGACUGCCCAAUUACUAGUCUUGUUGAUGUCUUGGGAUGGAACAUCCUUUCUCUCAGUUGAACAGCUUAAACAACAUUAUGAAACAAUCCAUAGUACUUCUCUUAAUCCAUGUGAAUAUGGUUUUAUGACCUUAACCGAGCUCUUGAAGAGUCUGCCUUAUUUGGUUGAGGUUUUUACCAAUGGUGCCACAGAAGAAUAUGUGAAACUUACAAAUCUGUAUAUGUUUGCAAAGAAUGUGAGGUCCUUACUUCACACCUACCAUUAUCAGCAGAUUUUUCUUCAUGAGUUCCCACUAGCAUAUAGCAAAUACACAGGAGAAGUGCUGCAACCUAAAGCAUAUGGAUGCAAUAAUUUAGAAGAGCUCUUGGGAGCAAUUCCACAGGUGGUCUGGAUCAAAGGACAUGGCCAUAAGAGAAUUGUGGUACUGAAAAAUGAUAUGAAAACUCGUUUUAGCUCACCUAGUUUUCCCCCUGCUGAUCAUGUGGAUGAUCAUGGAAAUCAACUUGCUGACCAUAAUGGACAUAUUAUGGAGACCACAGGAUCCACUUCAUCAAUGGAAUUAAGUCUAGGAACACCUAGCAAUGUUUCUAAUCAAACUGAGCAAGAACUUCUUUGCCUCACCAAUAUGUCUCCUGUUGACCUCCUGUGCGAGCCAGUUCCUUCCUGCUUACCAUCCCCGCAACUGAGACCUGAUCCAGUGGUUCUUGAGUCUGCUGACCUAAUUCAGUUUGAGGAACGUCCUGUACCUCUCUCUGAGAUGAUGAUUUUAACAGAAGAAGAAAAACAAAGAAUUGUUACCACAGCUCAAGAAAAAUUGACCUCUGGUUCUGUGGUAUCUAACACCAUAGAGAAUACUUCAGUGCCUCCCUGUCAGUCCUCUGAAACCCAACUAAACAAGGAAGCAAUGGACAGCCCAGCCAAAAAGCAACACAAAAACAAGGUGAAAUUGGCAGCAAACUUUUCACUUGCACCUGUAACCAAGCUUUAACUGUUUCUUUUAGUGUGAAAGACGAAUACCUAUGGACUCUGCACAAAAUAAAGCUAUUUGCUAGCCCUUAUGUAUUUUAAUGAAAGGCCUAGAAUUAAUUUGUAUUUAAAUGUGUUCUGUGAAUAUUUUGUUCCUUUUACACUGAACACAGCUAUUAGCAGAGCAGAAUUUUUUCUAUUAUUUUGAAAAAAUCCAGUGUUCAUUAAAUUAUUCUUAAAUUUUACAGUUUUUCAUAGAUGUGUUCAGUAAAAGCAAAAUAUAAAUUCAACUAAAAUGGAACAGAUUUUAUUUUCCUUAAGCCUCGUUGGUGGUGUAAUCAUACAUGUAGCAUAUUAUACUCUAUAGGCUGUUGCUUACUGGUAUUGUUUCAGACAGUAUUAAUAAAAUGCAUGAUCUGUCUUUCAAAAGCCUGUUAAGAAGUUCUAAUGUGCUGACCUGAAGUGACAAGAGUGAGGGAGUUGAUUGUACUCCAGAGGAGAAACUUGUUCUCUGCCCUUUCAGAUGACUUGUAGCUGCAUUGUAAAUUCUUUGUGUAAAGACGUCUGUAGAAGAUUAUGUGGAUUUCUGUAAAACUUGUUUUAAAUGUUUUCUGUACCUUUCAGUUCCAUUUAGGAGCUUUCUAGGACAUUGAUGUUUUAAGCUUCCCUUUUAUGUUUAGUUCCAGUCUGGCAUGGAUUUGGUUAAGGAAAAGACUGUCUUGGUGUUAUGAGUUUGAGAUAGAGACACACACAUUUUAUUGUGUCUAGAAAUGAAGUUAGGAAGGUUCUGAUAUUUCUAAAAUAUGCAUGUAAUGCAUAAAUGACAGAUAAUGGAGCAGGUCUUAUUAAAAUGUUUUGUGAUGGAAGGUGUCGAUGCUAUUUCCACCUGUAAGGGAAGUUCUAACUACAUGUGGAAAUGCUAAGGUUGUUCUGCUUAACCUUGUUUUCUAUUUUUAAGCAUCUUUGGUAAAUGGGAAGCUUAUUCUUUGAUGUGCUGUGUUUUAGCUGUGUCUGUUUUUAUUCUAAAACUUACUCCUAGUGUUGGAAGCUUUUUUUUUCAAAUUGUGGUGUCUUGUGUUGGCUUUUGAAAGGGCCAGCCUUGGAAGAGAAGUUAAGUCAGUGGAUGACCUCAACUCUAGUUAGCAGAAGUGUCCAGUGUAUGAGACUUUAUACCCUUUCUGGGUAACCAUGGCAUUUACAAUGGGUUGUAUUUGCCAGGCAGCAAAUAAAUUGCUUGUUGUACUGAAAGAACCUAUACCAGAGGUUUUCCACUGGCCAACUGGAUUUUUUUUAGGUGGAUUCUAUUGUAAUAUGCAAGAGAUGGAACAUGGGCUCUAAUUUCUCAGCCAGCAACAGGAAAUGCCACUGAAUAAUGGCUAUAGACAGAAUUUUACUAGUCAGAUUUUGUUAUAAAAUCUUUUAAAUUUAGACUUUACCUGUAGUAAACAUAUAGCCAUUGUGAAUGCAGAGAAACACUUGGAAGUUUUUCUGAGCAUUAUGGCACAGUAUCUGAGUCCUUAGUAAGCCUCUACAGACAUCCUGUGAUUUAGAAUAAGCUUUCUUGGAAUGCUUUUAAUAAGUUUGAGUUAAAUGCAAGAACAUCUGCUUUCACCUUACCUUUGAUAAGUUAACACUGAUCACUUAGAUCUUUGUUUCAGAAGAGCAUGCAUUGGCGAAAAGGCAAAUCUGGAGUUCUAUUUUCAUAAGGUACAGCUGCAAGUCAUCUAGAGUACUGAAGAAAACCAGUUUUUGAUGCUUUAGAGGAAAAUAUGGUAUUUGUCAAAGUGCAUGUGGUUAUACCAUUUAUGGAGGUCAGCAUACCUUUUCUGGAUUCAUGUGUGAUUCUGAUGAAAUUGCUGUUUGAAAGUAAUAGAAUAAUACUUUUGAGAAGUUGUGUUUAUAGUGUAACAAAAUAGCUAUUUGAAUUGCAAUAUAUUUUUUUAUCCAAAGGGUUAAAUGAAUGAUGUGACUUACAGAUUUAAAAGCAUUACAACCAUGAAAUUCUUUAAUUUAACAAUUAAUGUACUAUUUCAGAUUAAUGUCUGUUUAAAAAAAAUGUCACUGAAGCCCUCAGUUUAUGCACUAUCUUUUUCUUGGAGUGGGAGGGAGAAGAAAUUCUUUUCUUAGCUGUCUACUUUGUUUGGACACUUUCUUUUGUGGCUCAAGUGCUGUUUUGUGUGUUGGGACCAAACAGUUGUGUCAAUAAAAUUUUCAAGCAAGCAUAACUCUUGUCUUUUUCUGAAGAAAUGUAGGUUAAAAAAAAAAACUGUUCUAGAAUCCUUAGCUUGCUGUGUCACUCACACUAAGUUGAAUUAUCCAGACAGAGCAGAUAGCUAAAUUUUGGGGCUUAAUGAAGAUGAAAAUUCCAUAAAUCCAUAAUCUCCAUGACUCUGGAGAAUGUGGGUUUUUUCGACUUCUGCAAUUCUACUAUUAACAGAUGCACUCAGCAGUUUGCUUCUAAAAACAAGCCAUGAAGCUGUUGUACAAAGAGCAGUAAGAAUUACUAACUGCUCUAAAGAGAAAAAUGGAGAAAAGUAUAAAUGGAACAGGUAGAAGUAAGGUUCUCUUGAGUUUUAAUCUCACUUUCAAAAGUUAAAAUAUGUGACUAAUGUCAUAUAAAGUCCUGCUGUGCAAUAAAGUUAACCAGUCACUCUUGGGGUAAAAUAGCCUUGUUUUUUAAGCUUGAAGAUUGUAAAUAUCCAGGUGCUACAAGUUUGGCACAGAAGCUACUCUCCAACUUCACUAGAGAGCUUUGAACUUUACUUCAGAAUCUUAGUUAAAAUACUGCAAGUAAAUUGUUCUGUUAUGUCAUCUCAGGUUUAUGUGCAGAAGUAAAGAGCUGGAUGAGCUUACUCCUGAUUUUGUUAUUCAGUGGUCUUACUGCAUUCUCAUUAACAUUAAUGGAACUGUCAAAGGGAGCAGGCUGCAAGAAAAAAUGUCAGGGCAACCUCAUGUAAAUGGUUGCUUGACCCUGUAUAAUACUUGGUCAGUCCAAAGCAUUUAAGUAGUUACAUUAAAAACUAAUUCAGCAUUGCAUAAUUAGUGUAAUAGAUACCCCUUCCUAAAAGGAGGGGCAGGCAAUUGGAAAAGCUUUCUAAAGCAUAGGAAACAAAUUGUACAGUCAGUGCUCCAACUUUACUCUUUUGGUAGUUGUGAAUGCUUUUAAGUAUGUGAGUGCAAAGCCUCAUGCUACCUGAUAUGCAAUUUAACUGCAAAAGGUGAGUUUGAAUUUAAUUGGUCUAUUGUUGUCCUGCUGUGGAUAUUCUCAUUUCUUUCAUUCUCAUGUCAAGUCAUUUGUUUAAGUCAAUUAAAGUUAUGAUUAA